CCCUUGUCCGGAAGGAGCGACGGAGGGGCGGACUCGCCCUGGGGGUGAGGUGCCCCGCGAUUCUCCUAGUCAAACUCUCGCGAGUGGGAUUCGAAGACCUCGCGCCAACCCAGCCAGUAGCAGCUGCGCAGGCGCGGCGAGGGCGUUCGGAGAAACCCGGUGGGUGCCUCCUGGGCGGCCCACUCUCCCUGACCGUUGGUUCGGCGGGCUCGCGAGGGAAGCUCACUACGCGUGUGCGCCAGUUCCGCCGCCCCAAGGGAGGAAAGAGCCCUGGCUGAGAGACUGGUGUGAUUGAUUAUACGGAGAGUGGCCAUGUGUGACGCUGGCAAUUACCGAGCCCGGCAGGGGAGAAGUGCGGGCGGAAGCAAGGGCAGGCUGUGGACCGCCGCGGCCACGGAGGAACAAAGCUAUGAAUACGGCUCUACGAAAUACCUGCUGCUGUGCGGUCUGGGCGGCAUGCUGAGCUGUGGGCUGACGCACACGGCCAUUGUGCCCCUGGACCUGAUCAAGUGCCGCAUGCAGGUGGACCCCGGCAAGUACAAGGGCAUCCUGAGUGCCUUUGGUGUGACGCUGCGGGAUGAGGGGCUGCGGGGCCUGGCCCGAGGCUGGGCCCCGACCUUUCUUGGCUACUCCAUGCAGGGCCUCUUCAAGUUCGGCCUCUACGAGGUCUUCAAGAUCCGCUACGCGGAGCUCCUGGGCGUGAAGAAGGCUUACGAAUGGAGAACCGGCCUGUACCUGGCCGCCUCGGCCAGCGCCGAGUUCUUCGCCGACGUGGCCCUGUCGCCCAUGGAGGCGGUGAAGGUCCGCGUCCAGACACAGCCGGGCUACGCCAGCACGCUGCGGACCGCGGCCCCCAGGAUGUACAGCGAGGAAGGCCUGUGGGCCUUCUACAAAGGCGUGGCACCGCUCUGGAUGAGGCAGAUCCCCUACACCAUGAUGAAGUUCGCCUGCUUCGAGCGCACCGUGGAGGCCCUCUACAAGUACGUCGUGCCCAAGCCUCAGAGCCAGUGCACCAAAGCUGAGCAGCUAGCCGUAACCUUCGUGGCGGGCUACAUUGCUGGCAUCUUCUGCGCUGUUGUGUCCCACCCAGCGGAUUCCGUAGUCUCUGUUUUGAACAAGGAGAAAGGCAGCACGGCUUUUGGAGUUCUCCGCAAAUUGGGGUUUGAGGGCGUGUGGAAGGGCCUGUUCGCCCGGAUCAUCAUGAUUGGCACCCUGACAGCGCUGCAGUGGUUCAUCUAUGACUCUGUUAAGGUCUAUUUCAAGUUGCCUCGCCCUCCAGUCGCUCAGGCACCGGAGGAAUCCUUCAAGAAGCAGAAGUAGGCGUGGAUUUGUCAAGUCCGGUAGCCACCAUCGGCCCAUAUUUCAAUCCAGUGGGCCAGUGUGUUCAGACAGUACUAGAGUGUAAAGUGUUAACAUUUUUUUGGAGAGGUGAUUUAAUAUGCAGUCCGAAUCCUCUUUAAGUGAUCGAUUCCUGUUUGACAAUCCAAAAGGAUAGCAGCCGUUUCAUUCGCAACCAUUAUCUUUGGGAAGUCUCCAUGGUUGCUUUAACUCAAUUGUUUUUCAGCAAUUACAGGGGAAAAAUGUCUUAAAAAGAAUUAAUGUUAGGUAAUUCCGUGUCUCUAGAUUGUAUAUCCUUUGAUGCAGUGGAGAUUAUCCAAGCAUCACUACUGAAUAGCCUACUAAUGAGGUUUUAAGGUCAGCACAACUAUAUGGGACAGGGAACAAAGUAAAAUUCUGCUACAUGGCAUUCAUCUCAAUAGAAAUCGUGCACCUAUUGAAUAGAUGAAGGACUCAUUCGAUAUUUCCUGUUCAUAUCCAUUAUAGGUUAAAAGUUAUUAAAGUUUAAAUUGUGACACAGUGCCUGAUAGCUUAGAAUGUGUUCAUUGUUUUCACAGAGGCAUGACAUGAGAAGAUCAGCCUUUUCUCAUUUUGCUUUGUCCAGUUAUCUUCCUGACAUUGCUAGUUAGGGCAUAGCUCUCCCCAGGAAGUGCUACAAUUGGAUCAAUGUGGGGAACCAAAGUGAGAUGAAGGGCAGGCUUUGGGAAUAAAUAUGUAAAGAAGAGCCUCUGUUCUCUAUUAUUUCUUCUGUGUAACUCAGCUUUCAACAGCCGUACAGCCAGAGAAGACCGUACCUCCCUGACAUUGAAACACACACAUACAACCCUGCACAUUCCAACAAUUGUUUGUUGAAUGUUAAAGAAUGGUCUGAGUGACUUUGGAAGGAAAAUCUCACUUUUAAUGUAACAAAUGUCAUUCAUUUAAUUUGGUAGAUGUUUCAGUGAUCUUUACAGUGAUUGAGGUUCAUAAUUUUUUUUGAAGUUAUAAGUCACAUUUUCAGUUUUCUGUAGUCUUCACAUCUCUGGGGAAAUUAUAAAGUUGGUGAAGUUCUGUGAAUUUGAAAUGUUUAUAAAAAUGUGAAUAAGAAAUAAAUGUCAUUAUAUUUGGUAUAACUUACCAAAAUGUUACAUGAUUGCCUUAAUAAUUUGUGUUAAAGAUUACAAACUUAGAAUAUGUUAAUGUUUUAACUAUGUGAUAAAUUGUUUAAUGGUUAACAGAAGUUAAAAAGUGUCUAGAUUUAAGUAUGUCUGAACUUUCUUGGUUGGAUAAUAAAGAGUUGGAGGGAAAAUGUCACAACUUGUGAAUGAGAUGGAAUU